AUGCUUCCUUUCUUGACUAUCUUUUCUCUCGCUUUGGCCUUCACCAGCGCCUUGGUGGUGCCUGAAAACCACGCCGACUCUCUCCAGAAGAGAAACGGUGCUCCACUUAAGCUUGACUUCACUGUGAAGAAGACCUUUAACGAAUCCACUCCAGCUGUGGACAUUGGCGCUAAGGCUCAGGAGCUCACUACGCGUCUUUCUUUGUCCAAAAGACACGAGACCGCCAGUCUUACCAACGACAGAGAUAUCACCUACUUGCUUGACUUGAAGCUUGGUUCCAACAAGCAGCCUGUGACUGUGCUCUUGGACACUGGCUCUUCCGAUCUUUGGGUCUACGGUCCUAAGAUCCAGAACCCUCAGGGUGGCAGCUUUGACCCAUCCAAGUCUUCUGCCAAUAAGAAGACUGGUGAGGAUUUCUUCAUUUCCUACUUGGACGGUUCCUACGCCUUGGGUGAGUACGUCACUGACGACUUUGCUCUAGAGGACGGCAGAAACCUCUUGAACGAUCUCCAGUUUGCUGUGGUCGACAGAGCCCAGACCAACUCCCAGGGUAUCUUGGGUGUUGCUGACAAGAACCAGGAGGCCACCGACAACCAGUACGACAACUUGCCAUGGGCUUUGCAGAAGUCUGGUGUUACUCCAAAGGCUUCUUACUCUUUGUACCUUGGUUCUGAAGCCGAGGGCAAGGGUUCCAUCAUUUUCGGUGGUAUUGACACCGAGAAGUACGAAGGUGACUUGACCAAGUACCCUGUUGCUGGCACUAGAGGUUUGGCCCUUAACGUUGAAAGCGCUGAAGUCGCUGGCCAGACUAUUGACUUGGAUGCCGAGAUCCUCUUGGACUCCGGUACUUCUUUGAACUUGUGGCCUCAGCACCUUAUUGAUGCUGUUGGAAAGGAGCUUGGUGGUACUCUUACCCAGGGCUUCUACUUUGUGGACUGUGACCAGCCUACCGACAAGCACUUGACGUUCGACUUUGGUAAGAACAAGAUCAACGUUUCGUACCAGGACCUUGUGUGGAAGUCCCAGGGCUACUGUCUCUUGGGUGUCCAGCCAGGUACCAGCACUCUUAUCUUUGGUGAUGUCUUCUUGAGAUCUGCUUACGUCUACUACGACCUUUCUCAGAAGGAGAUCUCUAUCGCUCAGGCUAAGUACACCGAUGCUUCUAACAUCGUUGCAGCUUAA